GCUAAAGCCUAAACCUCUGACAUGGCCACAGCCUCACCAAGAUCUGAUACAAGUAACAACCAUAAUGGAAGAUUACAGAUGCAAGUAACAGUUUCUAGUGCCAAACUGAAACGGAAGAAGAAUUGGUUUGGAACAACUUUCUACACAGAAUUAACUGCAGAUGGAGAAAUUAAGAAAACAGCAAAAUCAAGUAGUUCUUCAAAUCCAAAAUGGGAUGAACAGCUGACAGUGAAUGUGACUCCACAGACUACGCUGGAAUUUAGAGUGUGGAGCCAUCACACUUUAAAAGCAGAUGCUUUAUUAGGAAGAGCCACUGUAGACUUGAGACAAGCUUUGGAAAUACACAAUAGAAAAUUGGAGAAGGUGAAAGAACAGUUGAAACUGUCUUUGGAAAACAAGAGUGGCAUGGUGCAAACAGGUGAACUGACAGUUGUGCUAGAUGGUUUGGUUGUUGAAGAAGAAUCUCUUACAAAUCUCAGUUCAUCAGCAACCAUAGAAGUUCAGCAAAAUGGUGAGGCUGCGCAUGAAAGCAGAGAUGCUUCAGCAAGAAGUACAUCCAGAUCUGCUUGUGACAUUUCUAAUGGGAUAGACAAUCAAGUACCUUCCAACUCUGUAGUACAGAAUACAUUCUGUAUAGAAGCUGUUAAUGGAGACAGCACACCAUCUCCUACUCACGUUGCAGCCAGACCCAAAAAUACACCAGUACCAAAACCACUUGCAGCUCAGCCUGUCAACAGCACUGUUAAUGGCGAGUCGUCUGCCUCUGCACCAGAAGCUGGUAAUUCUUCUGUCUCGGAAGCUCUGAUAGGUUCAGUUGAAGCUCCCAUGUCUUCAGAUUGCACUAGCACUACAGCAGAACCUCAGUCAACAACAGAAGCAACUAGUUGUUCUGAAAGCCACACUUCUCCAUUACCUGUUGCGUCUGCUGGACUGGAACCUGCAGCUGCAACAGACUGUGCUCAACCUAAUGCUAGAAACAGUACAGCUGCAGAUGCAGCAAAACCAAGGGAAUCCUCCUCGACCUCAAGUGCAUCUGCAGAACCUGUAAGACAGCAGCCUGGUAAUGCCAGUACAGAACCUCUGCCACCUGGGUGGGAGCAAAGAAAGGAUCCUCAUGGUAGAACCUAUUAUGUUGAUCACAACACACGAACUACAACAUGGGAAAGACCACAGCCCUUACCUCCUGGCUGGGAAAGAAGAGUUGAUGAUCGUGGGAGAGUUUACUAUGUGGACCACAACACCAGAACAACAACGUGGCAGCGACCAACAAUGGAAUCAGUCAGGAACUUUGAGCAAUGGCAAUCUCAACGGAAUCAACUGCAGGGAGCUAUGCAACAAUUUAACCAACGAUACCUCUAUUCGGCUUCGAUGUUGUCAGCAGAAAAUGAUCCACUUGGUCCUCUACCACCAGGUUGGGAAAGGAGAGUGGAUUCAAAUGAUAGGGUGUAUUUUGUAAAUCAUAAUACAAAGACAACACAGUGGGAAGACCCUCGAACUCAAGGUUUACAAAACGAGGACCCUCUUCCAGAGGGCUGGGAAAUCAGAUAUACCAGAGAAGGUGUCAGAUACUUUGUUGACCAUAAUACAAGAACCACCACCUUCAAUGAUCCUCGUACUGGGAAAUCUUCUGUAAAUAAAGGGCCACAGAUUGCUUAUGAGCGUAGCUUUAGGUGGAAACUGGCUCAUUUCCGUUACCUGUGUCAGUCCAAUGCAUUGCCAAGUCAUGUGAAAAUCAAUGUAUCCAGACAGACUUUAUUUGAGGAUUCCUUCCAGCAAAUUAUGGCAUUAAAACCCUAUGAUUUGAGGAGAAGAUUGUAUGUUAUAUUCAGAGGAGAAGAAGGAUUGGAUUAUGGUGGCUUGGCAAGAGAAUGGUUUUUCUUGCUUUCCCAUGAAGUACUGAACCCUAUGUACUGCCUAUUUGAAUAUGCUGGCAAGAGCAACUAUUGCCUGCAGAUAAAUCCAGCAUCAACAAUCAAUCCUGACCAUCUUUCAUAUUUCUGUUUCAUUGGGCGCUUUAUUGCCAUGGCAUUGUUUCAUGGGAAAUUUAUUGACACUGGUUUUUCUCUGCCUUUCUACAAACGAAUGCUAAGCAAAAAACUUACUAUUAAGGACCUAGAAUCUAUUGAUACUGAAUUUUACAACUCCCUAAUUUGGAUAAGGGAUAAUAACAUCGAAGAGUGUAACUUGGAAAUGUAUUUUUGUGUGGAUAUGGAGCUCUUAGGCAAAGUAACCUCACAUGAGCUGAAAUCAGGAGGUUCAAAUAUCUUGGUAACUGAGGAGAACAAAGAAGAAUAUAUUGGGCUAAUGGCUGAGUGGCGAUUUUCUCGGGGAGUCAGAGAACAAACCAAAGCUUUUCUUGAUGGUUUUAAUGAAGUUGUUCCUCUACAGUGGCUACACUAUUUUGAUGAAAAGGAGCUGGAGGUUAUGCUCUGUGGUAUGCAAGAAGUUGAUUUAGCAGACUGGCAGAGGAACACUGUUUAUCGUCAUUAUACAAGGAACAGCAAGCAGAUCAUAUGGUUCUGGCAGUUCGUAAAAGAAACAGACAACGAGGUUCGCAUGCGACUUCUGCAGUUUGUCACUGGCACUUGCAGAUUACCACUAGGUGGAUUUGCUGAACUUAUGGGAAGUAAUGGUCCUCAGAAAUUCUGCAUUGAAAAAGUUGGUAAGGAAACCUGGUUACCAAGAAGUCACACUUGUUUUAAUCGUUUGGAUUUGCCACCAUAUAAAAGCUACGAACAACUAAAAGAGAAGCUGCUCUUUGCCAUUGAAGAAACAGAGGGAUUUGGUCAAGAGUAGAAGUGGCUUCCAGUCAAAAAGGAGAUCUUGCAUAAUAAAAGACCCAGCCACCUAAAAUUGCACACUUAAUUGUAUAUAAGCUUUUUGUUCUGUACAGUGAUCUUUCUGGAACUCUAAAAGUAUAAUUGUUCUCCGUUCUUCCACAAAGAUAUGCAAAACAGUUCAGCCUUUUCUACUUUUAUUUAUUGCCCUUCCAAAAGACCAGAAAAACCCCUCAUAAAUUUUGAAAGCAGACAAGAGACUUAUUUAAGAUAUAUAUAAAAAAUAUAAAUAUAUAUACUAAUAGGCUCUAGUUUUAUAGAGCUUUAAGUGUAUGAAAAGUUGCAGCCAUUUAAAAGGGCCUGGAUUUGCUUUAUCUUGGCUUUAUUCAGAAAAAUGUUUAAACUGCUCUGUGUUCUCUCUUAAGAAACAUCUCCAAGUUUGUUUUAUUGCAUGGCUGUUCUAAAAGGUGUUAAAGGCUUAGGCCAAACGUAUCCUAAAUAUGUAGAAAGAUGCUGCUGGUAUUUGAGAUGACAGAAUAUGUUGUUCUGUCAGUUUAAUUUUUUAAAAUACGUACAUAGCUGAUAUAUCCCUCUCUACUGAUGUAGCCAAGGUCAUGAAUAAAGCCUUUACUACUUGCACAAGAGUCAUGUACAAUAAGAUGAAUGUGAUUUAAUGUUGAAAGGAAUUGGUGCCACUGUUCUGACUUAUUGUAGGAGCUGAACAGAAUAUUUUAAUUCAUUUGAGCAGCAUUGAAAUUUGUUUACAUCUUACCUUGGGUUAUUACCACAAGGAUGUUAGGUAAUCUUCAAAGAAAAAAUAAUAAUAAAAGAGAAAAUAU